AUGGCAGCAUUUAAAAUCAUCUUGUGUCUUCUCUUUUAUAUUACAUUUGUUUCUUUGUUGCCAUUAAAGGCCACAUCAACAUCGAGAACACAAUCUGAAGCACUUAUUAAAUGGAAGAAUACCUUGUCACAAUCACCAUCUUCAUUGAAUUCUUGGUCUUCAAGAAACAUUCAGAAUCUCUGCAACUGGACCGGUAUUAUGUGCAAUGAAGGUGGUGUAGUUUACAAGAUUAGCCUCCCAAAUUCAUCGCUUUCGGGUACAUUAACAUACUUUCAGUUUUCUUCAUUUCCAAAUCUUACCCAUUUCGACUUAAACAAUAACGAAGUUAGCGGUGUGAUCCCAGCCGCCAUUCGCAACCUCUCGAGCAUUGUGUACUUGGAUUUGAGCUCGAAUCGUUUUGAAGAUGAAAUCCCAUCGGAGAUUGGAAGGCUAACACAAUUAAGAUAUCUUGAUCUUAAUAAUAAUAAUCUUAAUGGUGCUAUCCCAGUUCAAAUAAGUAAUCUUCAAAAGGUAUUGUACUUGAAUCUUGGAGGGAAUUACUUGACUGAUCCAAACUGGUCUGACUUUUCAUCUAUGCCAGCGUUGACUUUUCUCGGUCUUUACUAUAAUGAACUUGAAAAUGCAUUUCCUGAUUUUAUUCUCCAGUGCAAGAAGUUGACUAUUCUUGAUUUGUCAUUAAACCAUUUGAAUGGCUCAUUACCUAAAUCAAUUUACAAUCUUGCAAAAUUAAAAGAGCUUAGACUAGGAACCAACCAGUUUUCCGGUCCAAUUUUGCAGGAUUUAGGAACAAUCCCUUCUUCUAUAGGUCAGCUUAAAAAUCUCCGGCACCUAGAUCUCCAUUCGAAUCAACUCAAUUCUUCAAUUCCUUAUGAGCUUGGAUUCUGUUCUAAUCUCACAUUCUUGGCCCUUGCUGGAAACUCAUUUACCGGCGAGUUGCCAUUGUCUCUGUCCAAUCUGACCCAGAUUACUGAUCUUGGUCUAUCUGAAAAUAACUUUUCUGGUGAAAUUUCUUCAGAAUUGGUCACCAAUUGGACUAGAUUGGUCUCUUUGCAGGUUCAAAAUAAUCUCUUCACCGGAACAAUCCCACGGGAGAUUGGUCUAUUGUCAGAUCUCACUCUUCUUUUUCUUUACAAUAAUAGUUUCACUGGCUCCAUUCCUUUGGAGAUUGGAAACUUGGAAAAUCUUCUAAGAUUGCAUCUUUCUGACAACCAGAUUUCAGGUCCACUACCCUCUACAAUCGGAAAAUUGGUUAAUCUUCAAUCUAUUAAGCUUCAUUCCAAUAAUCUCAGUGGAAUAAUUCCUGCAGACUUAGGCAAGAACAAUCCGUUUUUAACAACUGUUAGCUUUUCAAACAAUAGUUUCUCUGGAGAACUACCUUCGGGUUUGUGCAGUAGCUUUCGGUUUGAGCUGUUCACCGUGAAUGGCAAUAACUUCACAGGGUUGUUACCAGAUUGCAUAAAGAACUGCACGAGCCUACGUCGAAUCAGGCUAGAUGGAAACCAGUUCUAUGGGGACAUUUCACAAGUAUUUGGUGUCCAUCCUAAUCUCACAUACAUCAACCUCAGUGACAAUCUAUUUACAGGUGAAAUCAGUCCUGACUUUGGAAAUUUGCAAAACCUAACCAAUCUACAAUUGGAAAGGAACAGAAUCUUUGGAAAAAUCCCCCCCGAGCUUGGAGAUUUGCAACGAUUAGGCGCUCUACGACUAGAAUGGAACCAACUUUCUGGAAAAAUCCCAAGUGAACUAGGGAAAUUAAACAAUUUGUUCAAUCUCAAUCUCGGCAACAAUCUGUUAAGUGGACAAAUCCCUCAAAGUUUAGGCAACUUAACAAGUCUCCAAGAUCUCGAUCUAUCCGCAAACAAUCUGAAUGGAAGCAUACCAACAACAAUAGGAAAUUGUGAGAAGUACCAUCACAAAUCGGAAACUUAUUGGGAUUAA